UUGGCUACCGCGUGCGGCCUGUGGCUGUAAAGGAGGAAUCCAGGUGGGGCAGGUCAGAGCUGCUGCAAAGCCCGGAGCUCCCAGAGUACGGGAGGUGAGAAGCAGAGGGCUUGCGACUCGCCCGAGGAAACUUUAGCGCCCAGUGAAUGUGGCGGCCUGGGGGACAGCACAUUUUAUCUGACUUCAUUGUGGAAAAGGUUAACAUUUCCAAGUUAAUUUCUGAAAGUUUUGUGUUACGUCAUCCAUCAGAAGAAACAUAUUCAAGGAGCCAUGGCACCCUACCAAACAAGACAGAAGAUCAGACAAACUUACUCGUGGGUUGGGAGGCCACUGCUGGAUCGCAAACUGCACCACCAAACUUACAAAGAAAUAUGUAUGAAAAUAGGUUGUUCGACUCAGAUGCACAUUCAAGUUGGACAAUUUGUGUUGAUUGAAGGGCAUGAUGAAGAAAACCCCUAUGUUGCUAAGUUGAUUGAGUUGUUUGAAGAUGAUUCUGAACUUCAUUCCAAAAAACGUGCUCGAGUACAGUGGUUUGUCCGAUUCUGUGAAGUCCCUGCCCAUAAACAGCACUUGUUGGGCCGGAAGCCUGAUGCGCGGGAGAUAUUCUGGUAUGACUACCCUGCCUGUGGCAGCAACAUUAGUGCUGAGACCAUCAUUGGCCCUGUUCAGGUAGUGGCUUUAGCUCCAGAUGAAGUGAUACCUGUGGGUCUGAAAAAUGAGAAAAUAUUUUUUGUGAAACUAUCCUGGAAUGAAAAGAAGUUCAGACCAUUGUCCCCAGAACUAUUUGCAGAGCUGGAGAAACUACAAGAAGGCAGCCUUAAAUGCCGGAAGCCUGUGGAAGCCAUGACUAAGAACACAGAAAGCCCUGCUUGGACCACAGCAAAACAAGUGGCCAAAAGGAUUGAAUCAAGUCACUCUGCCUCUAAAUCUCGCCCAACUCCUGUGCAUCCUGUUGCCCCCACUGCAAGGAAGAGGCUGGAUCUCUGCAGUUUCCCUAGGACACCUAACACUAGGAUAUCCCCGCUGACUUCACAUGCUUCCUUGGAUUCUUCAGGAAGAACUAAGCGAAAAGUGGACUUCUCUGAAACUACCUCACAUACCAAGAGGUCUCGCUCACAUAGAAGUGAGAUGUCUUCUCUAGCUCGGAAAACCCCAGAGAAAACUGGAGAGGUUCAACUCUUUUGUGCCAAGGAUGAUAAGAAGUCCUCACCUAAACUUUGCCUGAUCCUGAGAACCCGAGUACCGGCUUUGAAAACCACCCAGAUUAGUGAGGAGAAAAGACUUACUCCUGUCAAAGGGGGUCAGAGAUCCUUGGUGUCUUCUGUGAUUCUGAAACCAGAAAACAUCAAAAAGAGGAAGGUAAAGGAACCAAAAGCUCAAAAUCAAGCUACCACUACUUCCCAUCGAGUCCGAAGACGGAGUUUUCUCUUGACUUUGAAUCAAAUUAGGAAGCAGCUACGGUUUUUAGAAAGUAAUAAAAGUGACCAAGAAGAGAAAGAGUUCCUGCCAAAAACAGAGGAUUCAGACUCAAGCAAUGAGGAGGAAGAAGAAUUCACUGGUAUACCAAGGAGAAAUACCAGAUGUGCAUCCAGAAACCUGCGACCUUCCUCGAAGCCAUCCAUACAGAACCCCUCCAAGACACCAAAGAAAGUGGCCAAGACUAGAGCACUGUGUCUUGCCACUCCCCAGAUCCGGAGUCGAAACCUGGCGGCCCCAGAGCCAGCCAACAUGCUGGAGGAGGCUCGACUGAGGUUACAUGUUUCUGCUGUCCCUGAAUCUCUUCCUUGUCGGGAACAGGAAUUCCAGGGAAUCUACAAUUUUGUGGAAAGCAAACUCCUUGACCGUACUGGAGGGUGCAUGUAUAUCUCUGGGGUCCCUGGAACAGGAAAGACUGCCACUGUGCAUGAGGUGAUACGCUGCUUACAGCAGGCAGCCCAAACAGACGAUAUUCCUCGCUUUCAAUACAUUGAGGUCAAUGGCAUGAAACUGACAGAGCCCCACCAAGUCUAUGUGCAAAUCUUGCAGAAGCUGACAGGCCAGAAGGCAACAGCAAACCAUGCUGCAGAACUGCUAGCCAAGCGAUUCUGCACUGGCAGGUCCCCUCAGGAAACUACUGUUCUGCUUGUGGAUGAGCUUGACCUUCUGUGGACUCACAAACAAGACAUAAUGUACAAUCUCUUUGACUGGCCCACUCAUAAGGAGGCCCAACUGGUAGUCCUGGCCAUUGCCAACACCAUGGAUCUGCCUGAGCGGAUCAUGAUGAACCGGGUGUCAAGCCGACUGGGCCUUACCAGGUUGUCCUUCCAGCCUUAUACUCACAGCCAGCUGCAGCAGAUCCUAAUGUCCCGACUGAAGCAUUUAAAGGCCUUUGAGGAUGAUGCCAUCCAGCUGGUAGCCAGGAAGGUAGCAGCCCUCUCUGGAGAUGCACGACGUUGCCUAGACAUUUGCAGGCGUGCCACAGAAAUCUGCGAGUUCUCCCAUGAGAAGCCUGACUCCCCUGGCCUGGUCACUGUGGCCCACUUGAUGGAAGCUGUGGAUGAGAUGUUCUCCUCAUCGUAUAUCACUGCCAUCAAAAAUUCCUCCAUCCUGGAACAGGGCUUCCUGAGAGCCAUCCUUGCAGAGUUCCAUCGGUCAGGACUGGAAGAAGCAACAUUUCAACAGAUAUACACUCAACAUGUGGCCCUGUGCAGGAUGGAAGGACUGCCAUACCCAACCAUGUCAGAGACCAUGGCUGUGUGUUCCCGUCUGGGCUCUUGUCGCCUCCUCUUGGUGGAGCCCAGCAGGAACGACCUGCUCCUUCGCGUGCGGCUCAACGUCAGCCAGGAUGAUGUGCUUUAUGCGCUGAAAGAGGAGUGAAAACCUUCUAAAUGACAACUGUUUUUUAAAGAUCCCCAUUUCCUUUUUCUAAACUUAUUGAAGUAAAAUAUACAAAAUGAC